AUGAAAUACCCGAUCGCUAGCAUGAAGAAGCUCAUGGAUGUCUUUGGCAGCAAUAUACUUUAUGGGUAUGAUAUCAAAUGUGCCUUCAAAAAAAUUAUACCACAGAGCUCACUCACUGAUGAUGCAAAAGACCUAAACCUGCAGGGCAUUGUGCCUGCCUUUCACGGGCAUGCCCACAACUGUCUUUGCCAAGUAGAGCACCAUUUGAAGUAUAAAGUUGGCGCUGGGAAAGAAGAUUUCGAGACCUGUGAACGGGUCUUUUCUGAAUCUAAUGCACUUGCUGCCCAAAUUCAAAACACCAUGGAUUUCCAUCACCACCAAGCACUUGAUCAACAUUUCUCUUUUGCUGAUUUGGACAAAUAUGCAGCCCUAUCUGACUUCAUUUAUAAUAAUUACGUCCAAGCGCUGACAAUUAUCUCUACAACAAACAUAUUCCUCGCCAACUUCCAUGCUUCAAAUGCUGCCCUCAAGCCCAACUUCAAAGAUGAUCUCAAGGACGAGCACCAGGUUUUACAAUGCCUUGCAUGCAAGAAGGAAGAAUCCAGCAUUGAAGUUGACUAUGUGAAAGCAUUGAAUGAGUAUGACGAGGCCCAGUAA